AGCUGCUUGGUGACAUCCUGAAAGAUCAGCCCCAGGAGGCAGAUGGAAUAGACUCAGUGAUUGUUGUGGAUAACGUGCCCCAGGUUGGACCAGACCGACUGGAGAAACUGAAGAAUGUCAUCCACAAAAUAUUCUCCAAGUUUGGUAAAAUUAUCAAUGAAUUUUAUCCAGAAGCAGAUGGAAAAACAAAAGGGUACAUCUUCCUGGAGUACAUGUCUCCCUCCCAUGCUGUGGAUGCUGUGAAGAAUGCAGAUGGAUACAAACUGGAUAAGCAGCACACUUUCAGAGUGAACCUCUUCACUGACUUUGAUAAGUACAUGACAAUCAGUGAUGAGUGGGAAAUCCCUGAGAAACAGCCAUUUAAGGAUUUGGGGAACCUCAGAUACUGGUUGGAAGACCCUGACUGCAGGGAUCAGUACAGUGUGAUCUUUGAGUCAGGAGACCGGACAUCCAUUUUUUGGAAUGACAUCAAGGAACCUGUGCAAAUUGAGGACAGAGCAAGAUGGACAGAGACCUACGUCCGUUGGUCCCCCAAAGGCACCUACCUGGCCACGUUCCACCAGAGGGGCAUUGCUCUGUGGGGUGGAGAGAAGUUCAAGCAGAUUCAAAGGUUUAGUCACCAGGGAGUGCAGCUCAUUGACUUCUCACCCUGUGAAAGGUAUUUAGUGACCUUCAGCCCUUUGAUGGACACACAGGAUGACCCUCAGGCUAUCAUCAUCUGGGAUAUUCUGACUGGCCAAAAGAAGAGAGGAUUCCACUGUGAAAACUCAGCUCACUGGCCUAUUUUUAAAUGGAGUCAUGAUGGUAAAUUCUUUGCUCGAAUGACUUCAGAUACCCUCAGCAUCUAUGAAACACCUUCUAUGGGUUUGUUGGACAAAAAGAGCUUGAAAAUCAAUGGAAUAAGAGACUUCUCAUGGUCUCCAGGUGGUAACAUAAUUGCUUUCUGGGUGCCUGAGGACAAAGACAUCCCAGCAAGAGUGACUUUGAUGCAGCUGCCUUCUAGACAAGAAAUUCGUGUGCGGAAUUUGUUCAACGUGGUCGAUUGCAAACUGCACUGGCAGAAGAACGGGGACUACCUGUGUGUGAAGGUGGACAGGACUCCCAAAGGCACACAGGGAGUAGUGACCAACUUUGAAAUAUUCCGCAUGAGAGAGAAGCAGGUGCCAGUGGAUGUGGUGGAAAUGAAAGAAAGCAUCAUAGCCUUUGCUUGGGAACCAAAUGGAAGCAAGUUUGCUGUGUUGCAUGGAGAAACUCCACGAAUUUCAGUUUCUUUUUACCAUGUUAAAAACAACGGGAAAAUAGAACUCAUAAAAACUUUUGACAAACAGCAGGCAAACACGAUAUUCUGGAGUCCCCAGGGGCAGUUUGUGGUGUUGGCUGGCCUCAGGAGCAUGAAUGGUGCCUUAGCCUUUGUUGACACAUCUGACUGCACCAUGAUGAACAUCGCCGAGCACUACACGGCCUCGGACGUGGAGUGGGACCCCACAGGCAGAUACAUUGUCACCUCUGUGUCUUGGUGGAGCCACAAGGUGGACAAUGCAUAUUGGUUAUGGACCUUCCAAGGCCGUCUGCUUCAGAAGAACAACAAAGACAGGUUCUGUCAGCUGCUCUGGAGACCACGGCCGGCCACCCUGCUCAGCGAGGAUCAGAUAAAGCAAAUUAAGAAGGACCUGAAGAAAUACUCCAAGAUAUUUGAGCAGAAGGAUCGUCUGAGCCAGUCCAAAGCUUCAAAGGAGCUGGUGGAGCGGCGGCGCACGAUGAUGGAGGAGUUCAGGAAGUACCGCAAGAUGGCACAAGAGCUGUACAUGGAGCAGCGCAACGAGCGCCUGGAGCUGCGCGGGGGGGUAGACACAGAUGAGCUGGACAGCAAUGUCGAUGACUGGGAGGAGGAGACUGUGGAAUUUUUUAUCAAUGAAGAAAUUAUUACCCUUGCAGAACCAGAGUAAUUAAUAAAACUGUGCUCCACCAGAUCUUGUGCUGAAGAGAAGUUUGUUUGUUUUCCAAAAGCCUAUAUCAACUUUGGAAUUCUUAAUCCAUAUUCUUGCACUCUGGAAGGGUGGAUGCACCAGAUAUUCUCCAUUCUGACACAUUGUAGUGCCUUUAAGUCUUGCUGCCUGCUGCAGUGAGAUACUGGAAAGGCGCUGCUUUUAAAUUUAUAUUAUUUUUUUUUUCUAGGGUUUGAUUAUUAUUUUUUUUUCUUUUUAAAUCCACUACUACCAGUAUUUACUUCCCCACUCCUGUGCAGUCCUUGCCAGCUGGCAGUUUUUGCCUCGUGCCAGUGAGGUGAGAUUCACCAGUGCACCCCUGUCUCACACACAAUGUUUGGGUUCCAGGACUCUCUCUGUGCCCCCAGGGCAUGGACAGGUGUUCCUUUGGGUUGGGGCAAAGUCACCAGAACCAUUUUCUGUAUGAUGUGUUUUAGUGUGCUGAAACAGCACUACAGCGGGCUAUACCCUCCUCCUUUCAGAUUGUGAAAGGAUGUCUCCCUCAAAGAGCUGAAUAUGGAAAUAAAAGCAGACCUAUACUAAG